GAAAAGUCCGUUCCAUCCUGGCGUCAUUCUCGGGUUGAGUGGAGUCCGAGCUUGAUUUGCUGCGAGGCUGUAAGGCUACAUACAUACUCGUACAUACAUUGUCAUCAACAUUAUUAAUCUCGUAUGUGUAGAAUUUAGGGGUCUCCGAUAUUGAAGUUAAGCUUCGCGGUUUAACACCCAUAUCCAUAUCCAUAUCCAUAUCCAUAUCCAUCAAAACCAGCAAAUCAGUUAAUGUAACCACCACAUUUCACCAUGACGCAAACGCGUCUUUUCCCUCUAUCCAAAUGUCGAAUCAACAAGAUAGCCGAUCUCGCACAACCGUUUUGUUAUUUUCACAUGAUCUUCCUCGUCUACGGAUCCCAGAUCGUGUUCCAUUAUCUCGAGCCCGGGUCUCUGGGUACUCAGGAGUCGGUGGUAUUCAAUGCAAGUGCGUGGGCUAUGAUAUGGUGUUACUGGAAGACUUGUUCUGUCGAUCCGGGGGAAAAGGGAUGGGUCAAUAAAGUUGCGAGUGAGAUUGAGAAGGAAGAAGAGAGGGAUGAGAAGGAUGUUGGCGAAAGUCAAGGCUUAGAAAAAAUUGAGUGGGAAAAUGUGAGAUGGUGUAAGAAAUGUGACGCGGUGAAGCCGGCUAGAGCACAUCAUUGUAAACAAUGUAAACGCUGCAUACCCAAAAUGGACCACCACUGUCCCUGGACCAACAACUGCGUCUCCCACACCACCUUUCCCCAUUUCAUCCGCUUCCUCUUCUACGCCGUACUUUCCCUCCUCAUCCUCGCCUACUUCCUCUGCAUCCGCAUCAGCUACAUCAUUUCCGAAAGUUCCCUGCCCUCCUAUCUCGGACCCUCAACCACCUCCAUCACCCUUCUCUUCAUAAUUAGCUGUUCUGCCGGGCUCUCCCUCUUCGCCAUGUCCCUCCUCUUUCUGCGCACCGCCUACUCCCUCGCAACAAACAUUUACAUGAUCGAAGCCUGGGAAAUCGAACGCCACGACGCGGUUAUCGAGCGUUCGCAAACCAAAAAUAUGCGCGGUUACGUCUAUGCGAAUGGCGGACGCAGAGUCCGGGUGCAGAAAGUGGAAUUCCCCUUCGAUAUAGGUAUUUGGGAGAAUAUUGUGCAGGCGAUGGGGAGUGCGAAUAUACCGAUGUGGUUUCUCCCACUUGCGGGGGGUCCAGGGGUAGAGAGUGCGGGGACGUGGGAGGAAAAUGGUUUUAAUGAUAGGGUUGGUAUGUGGCCGCCUCCAGAUCCGGAUAAGUUAGGAAGGAGAGCAGGAUGUAGCGGUGUGGAAACGAUUCCGAUGGAAGAGAAAGUCUAUGGAAGUGUAGAGGAAGAACGAGAUGCAUUUCGACAGCGUCAAGAAGCGGAUUUGAAACGCUGGAAGAAAGAUGAUACAGGACAUGGAUACUAUGAAGAAGACGACGCGGAGGAGGAGAACGAAGACGAAAGCGAAGAAAACGUAAGCGAAUAUGAAGAGGGACUCGACGGAGAAGAAGGCUGGACCAAUUCAGAAGGCGAUAGAUUGAGAGAUUAUGGGGUAGAUGAAGAAGCGGAUAUUGUGGAUGAAGACGAUAUACCGUUGGGAGAAUUGAUACGACGACGUAAAGCGAGGAAUUUUGAAUCAGCGUGAGGGUAUCGGUUAGAAUGGAAUAGGAUGAAAUCAAUCAAUUAAAACAAAUCAAAUCAAAACAAAACAAAAUAGAAUAAAUCAAAAUAGAAUAGACUAAAAGAGUACUUGUGAAAUCUAACAUUUCUCUCUCUCA